UUGAUCCCAUGGGAACAGUACAAAAGUAUGCUGAGUCAGUUGCCGCUGCAACCCACUGACAUUAUGCUGAAAACAUACACUGGGGAGCCGCUGGCACCAGAAGGGGUCAUCAAGGUGCAAGUUGAGCUGAAUAAGCAGCGUGCUACACUACCCUUGUACGUGGUAAAGGUGGAUGCUCCACCACUGUUUGGUAGGGAGUGGCUGAGAGUUAUCAAGCUGAACUGGAAAGACUUAAAGAUGAUUCAUGCCAGAGAGCAGAGCGGGAAUGACAACCUGGAGGCUGUGUUAAAGAAACACUCAGCCGUUUUCUCUAAGGAGCUGGGCACAAUGAAGGGAAUUAAAGCCAGAUUGACUCUUAGGCCUGAUAGUGUCCCCAAAUUCUGUCCACCACGUAACGUGCCUUAUGCUCUCCGCCCUCGGGUGGAGGCGGAACUGAAACGCCUGACUGAGCUUGGGGUGAUCACACCAGUGGAGCAUAGUGAUUGGGCUACGCCCGUGGUCCCUGUCAACAAGAAGGAUGGCUCAGUGAGACUCUGCGGUGAUUUCAAAGUCACUCUAAAUUCGCAGCUCUGUGUGGAUAAGUACCCACUUCCACGCAUUGAGGACCUGUUUGCUUCUCUAGCAGGAGGUCAGCAUUUCAGUAAGCUAGACUUAGCAAAUGCCUACCUACAGAUGGAGGUAGAAGAGGAGUCUAAGAAGCUGCUGACUAUUUCGACUCAAAAAGGGUUGUUCCGUUUCAAUCGCUUACCUUUUGGAGUGGCGUCGUCACCUGCAUUGUUUCAGAAGGCUAUGGAUCAAGUGCUUCUCGGCCUGCCAUACACCCAUUGUUAUCUGGAUGACAUCCUCGUCAGUGGUCCUGACAAACAGACACACCUGAGAACCCUUGAGGCAGUGUUGAGCAGGCUGGAGGACUAUGGCCUGCAUCUCAAACAGGAGAAGUGCCUGUUUUUCCAGGAAUCAGUGGAAUACCUGGGCCACAUAAUUGAUGCGGCAGGGUUACACAAAUCACCGGAAAAGGUGCGUGCCGUUAUGGAAGCUCCAGCACCAGCUGAUGUCAGCCAAUUGCGUUCCUUUCUGGGAAUGCUUAACUAUUAUGGACGUUUCAUACCUGAUUUAGCUACGGUCCUGAAGCCGCUGAAUGAGCUACUCAGUAAAGAGAAGAAAUGGCAGUGGACACCAACCUGUGAGUCAGCUUUCCAGAAAGCUAAAGAACGUCUGGCCUCACCAGAAAUACUCACCCACUACAAUCCUGAACUGCCUCUCCGUUUGGCAUGUGACGCUUCACCAUAUGGAGUUGGAGCCGUGCUCUCACAUGUCAUGCCUGAUGGCCAAGAACGGCCAAUUGCUUAUGCUUCACGAACUCUCAGUAAAGCAGAACGAAACUAUGCUCAGAUUGAGAGGGAGGCGUUGGCAAUUGUUUUUGGGGUGCGCAAGUUUCACCAGUAUCUCCAUGGUAACAAGUUCACCUUGCUCACUGAUCAUCGGCCACUGACCUCCAUCCUGAGUCCAGUGAAAGGUACACCAUCAAUGGCAGCUGCACGAAUGCAGCGUUGGGCGCUCCUUCUGUCAGCACAUAAUUACACCUUGCAGUAUCGGAAGGGGGCACAUCACGCCAAUGCGGACGGACUGUCACGUUUACCGCUGCCCCUUGCACAGAAAGAGAAACAGGGAGCGGUGGAGGUAUUCUACGCAUCUCAACUGGACACAUUACCAGUCAGUGUUGCUGAGAUCAGACGUGACACCUUGUCUGAUGUCACAUUGUCUCGUGUCCUGGAAAUGGUAACAACUGGACGUUUUCCAGCAGCAAAGGACACAGAUCGAGAGCUGUCACCCUAUCUGAUUCGCAGACAUGAACUCGCAAUACAGCAGGGAUGCCUCAUGUGGGGCGUGAGGGUGGUUGUGCCACCUAAACUGCGCUCUCAUGUCCUGAAAGAGCUCCACACUGCACAUCCAGGGAUGGUGAGGAUGAAGAGCUUAGCUCGCAGCUAUGUUUGGUGGCCUGGGAUUGAUUCUCAAAUUGAGCUUCAAGCUAAAGCCUGCCACUCUUGUCAGCGUGUGCAAAAAGAGCCUGGGUUAGCACCUUUGCACCCUUGGCUGUGGCCUUCCUGUCCGUGGGAACGGAUCCAUGUGGAUUUUGCAGGUCCAUUUGAAGGUCACAUGUACCUGGUGGUGGUAGAUGCACAUUCCAAGUGGCCUGAAGUGCAUAUUAUGGAUAGCACCACAGCUGGUAAAACCAUACAAGUGCUGCGGGGUCUUUUUGGUCGCCAUGGCAUUCCUCACGUCCUGGUGAGUGAUAACGGACCGCAGUUCUGUUCUGAGGAAUUCAGGGUGUUCCUGAAAGCUAAUGGAGUUAAACACAUCCGCUCCGCGCCAUACCAUCCUGCCACUAAUGGUUUGGCUGAGCGUUUUGUGCAGACAUUCAAGCAUGCACUGAAAGCUUCCAGGGGUACAGCACCUGUGCAACAACGCCUUGACACGUUCCUUUUGACAUAUCGCAACACUCCCCAUGCAACAACUAGAGAAACGCCAGCCAUAUUGUUCAUUGGACGCAAGCUGCGCUCUCGACUGGAUUUUCUGAAGCCCAGUGUGGCCGGAGCAGUGCGUCGGGCACAAGAUGCUCAACAACAAUGCCGACAGCAACACUCCAGGGACAGACGGUUCACUCUGGGCGAACCUGUCCUGGUGCGUGAUUAUAGGAAGGGAGAGGACAAGUGGACGCACGGUGUCGUACUGGAGAAGACUGGGCCAGUGUCAUACAAGGUGAAUGUGGGAGCCCAAGGAGUGUGGAAACGUCAUGUAGAUCAGAUGCUGACGCGACCCGAGUCAGUAUCUCAGCAGGUCACAGUGGAUCCUCCGACAAGCUCUCAGAUGUCACCAGCCCAGAGUGGUAGUGACACCAUGCUUCACCCUUGUACAUCUCUGCAGGAAGAGACUGUUGAACAGGUUCUGGGGACCACCUCACCUCCAGAAACACUCCAGUCUCUUAAACCAUCACCGACUGACUGUACGCAGGUUACAGAGUCUGUAAGACGUUACCCAGUGAGAGUCACUAAGCCACCCGUUCGUUAUCGUGAUGGGUGAGCGUAUUAAGUAGUUCAGUGAGAAUGUUGGUGUUCAGAGAUAUUGUUCUCAAAUACAAAGAAAUUCAUACAGAAAGAAACAUUAGUUCCAGUUUUCAUGAAUGUUGUAAUAAAAAAAAAAAAA